GCUUAGGUUUUCGUCUCUCGCAUCAGUAUGCUAUUGACUUUGUAAGAGUGUGGUUUGUAGAUUGCUUGAUCUUCCGAUCGAUCUGGUAAGCUUCAAUGAAGGUGGCAUUGGUAGUGGCUGCAAUGGCCGUUGCAGUUGCAACGGCUCAGCAGUCGAUCGACAAGGUAUACUUUCCUGAAAAUGAAACAUCGAUUCUGGACUUUGCCAACCGUGCAAGUUUCGACGAAGUGGUCACACCAGAUCCACUAGGGCCAAAUUCGCCAACCCUCUCUCCGAUGACAUUAAUCACAGCUCAAGGAGAAAAAUGUACCUGCGUGCCAUAUUUCAUGUGCAAGCCCGAAGCCGAAUUCGCGGAUCAAAACAAGUUCAACGAGAUUGACGUCAACUAUAACCCAGACAGCUGCCAAGAUGUGUUGGAUGUAUGCUGUCGGGCUGAAGAUUCCCUGGUAGUUCCCAUGAAUAACACCCCUGGAGUGGUUUCAAACCGAAAACCGGUUGGUUGUGGAUUAAGAAACAUCGGUGGUAUUGAUUUCACGCUUACAGGAAAUUUUAACAACGAAGCUGGUUUUGGCGAGUUCCCAUGGACGGUUGCCAUUAUUAAAACUGCCGAUAGUUCUAGUCAUUGCGGAGGUUCUCUCAUUCACCCCAACCUGGUUUUGACGGGAGCACAUUGCGUACAAGGUUUCCGCAGAGGUCAGCUGAAGAUUCGAGCCGGCGAGUGGGAUACUCAAACGACGAAGGAACGUCUACCAUUCCAGGAACGAAUUGUAACUCGUGUCAACAGCCAUCCUGACUACAAUCCAAGAACUUUAGCGUACGAUGUCGCUGUGCUGGAACUGGAAAGCCCCAUCGCUUUGGCUGAUCAUAUCAACGUUGUCUGCCUGCCACCGAACAACUACGACACGCGGCGAUCCGACUGCUUCGCCAGCGGUUGGGGAAAGAACCAGUUUGGAAAAUCUGGCCGCUACAGCGUAAUCAUGAAGAAAGUUCCGCUCCCGAUUGUGGAAUCAUCAACGUGUGAACGGCAACUGCAAGCGACUCGGCUAACGUCCCGGUUUCGGUUACAUCAGACAUUCAUUUGCGCCGGUGGAGAAGCCGGUGUCGACACAUGCGAAGGAGAUGGAGGUGCCCCGUUGGUUUGCCCAGUCGGUUCCGCUAACGAAAACCGUUACGCCCAGAUGGGAAUGGUUGCCUGGGGCAUUGGGUGCCACGGUAAAGUUCCAGCAGUUUACUCCAAUGUGAUGAGAU